AUGCCGCCGAAGCGCACGCGCGAGGGAGAGGAUAAGGUUCCCGCGGAGAGCGCGGAUGCGGUCGUGGACACCGCCGCCGCCGACGCCACCGCGUUGGUGCAUCUGAGGGGCACCGAUGCGGGCGCUUCACCGCCGCCGGUGGAGUGCCGCCUCGUGGAGUCCCGCGGCCGCGCGCUCGUGGCGUCGAGGAAGAUCGAGAAGGGCGCGGUGUUCAUGUCCGAGCGGCCCAUCGCCGCGGUGCAGGCGGUGGCCAACCGAGCCGCAUUCGCAGCGUGCGCGCACUGCCUCGCGCCGGUGGGCCUCGGCGCGACCCAUCAUCUCGCGCUCGCGUGCGGCGCAACCACCCGCCGCGACCUCGUGGCCGCGGUGAGCAGCCCGCAGGGCUGGGGAAGGAUCAAGUACGACAAGCCGACGCUCCCGCGCCUCUCCGGGGACGAGGACGGCGCCUUGGUGCCGUGCAGACGCGCGAGGGGCGGGUGCGCCGAGGUUUUCUGCACCGCGCGGUGCCGAGCCGACGCCGACGGUUGGCACUCGCUCGUCUGCGUGGGACACUGCGAGGAAGGGAGUCCGAUGUACGAGUUCAGGAGGCACGCCAUGCGCACGCACGAAUCCUUCCUGCUGGCCGCGAACGCGGCGGCGAGGGCGCUGGCUGACGCGGGCGCGUCCGACGGCGUCGGCGAGGGCGAAGCCGGCCGGUCCGCCGACGAAAAAACCGCCGCUUUCGACCCGAGGAGGGACGCGUCGCUCGCGGCGGCGGCGAACGUACGCGCGCUGACCGCGCUGUGCGCGCCGAGGGAACCGUGGUGGGAGACGGCCGCGCGCGUCGCGGGCUUGGAAGACCCGGACGCGGGCUCGCGAGAUCCCAAGCGCUCGGCUAAGUACGCGCGCAGGCUCGAGCGAAGGGCGGAGACGCUGAGGGAACAGAUCGAGGACGCCUGGCAGCUUCUCGAGAUGUCGUGGGUUCGAAUGAGGAACCUGGGCGUGGACGCCGGGACGGGCGAGCCCACCCCCGUGGCGCCGCUGCUCACGUUCGACGCGUUCCACCGCCUCGUCGCUGCUGUGGAUAACACGGUGCUGCCCGUCGGCGACGAGCACCCGGGCGCUACGUACGCGAGGAGGGCGUUGAAAGCGGAGGCUUGGGACGCGGAGAUGGCGUGUCGCGCGUUGGACGGGUGGCUCGACGCGAUCGGCGAGGGGGGCGUGGCGAUGGGGCACGCGGGUGACGGAUCGGAAGAUGAGUCCGAGGAGGACGAGGGGAGCUCCGAGGAUGACUCGUCGGACUCUGACGAGUCCGGUCCUGGAACUCCGGGGCGAUCCGACGAGGACGACGAGGACGACGACGAGGACAGCGAGAGCGAAGGGGAGGACGGCGGCGCUCCGGAACCGAACGUGACUCGCCGAGGCGAUUGGACCGAACGGGGACCCGUCGCCGCUCGUCCGGCUCCGGUGUCCAACGCCAAGGGAGCGGGGAUGCUCGACGUCGUGGAGCGGGCGGCGGCGAAACUUCCCCGCCUCGCGGCGCUGGCACUCGCCCCCGGCGUGGCCCUCGUCAACCACAGCUGCCUGCCGAACUGUCAGGUGGAAAUCACGCGAGGCACCGUCGACGACGCGGAGGAAGGCGACGACGAAAAGACGGGUGAGAAGACGAAGAAGCCGGAGAGAGGUGCCGACUGCGGCAGCCUUCGCGUGUCGCUCCUCGCGCUGCGCGAUAUUUCUCCGGGUGAGGAACUCACCGUGGGAUACGUGCCGGUGACGCAGGACAUCGCGUCCAGGCGCGCGGAUCUCGCGGCCAGACACGGAUUCGUGUGCUCGUGCGCCAGGUGCGAGCUCGAGUCCGGAGCUGACGGCGCGAACCCGUCCGUCGCCGAUAUGAAAAGACUCGCCGACCAGGCGCAGGAGGAGGCCAGGUACGAAGACGCGGAAGCCGCCGCGAGGUUCGUGCUAAAAUCGGAUCCCACCGACGGAGACGCGCACCAUAAGAUCGGCACCGCGAUGUUGGGGCAGGGGCGGUGGGCGGAUGCGCACGCGGCGUGGCGCGAGGGCGUCGCGGUCGCGCCGGACCACCCGGCGCUCUCGUCGCAAGCGGCAAAGGACGAGGCGUACGCUCCCGGCGUGCCAGCCGCGGACCAAACCCGCCGUUCCGUCGCGUUCGAAUCGGUUCACGAGGCGGGAAUAUGGGCCACCCCGGAGAGUUCGCCUCUGAUGACGGAGGCUGAGUGCGCGGAGUGGGUUCGUCUCGCGGAGAAGGCGGGCGAGGCGAGAGGCGGCUGGACCACGAGCAGGCAUUACGCGGUGCCCACCACGGACAUACCGGUUCACGCCAUUCCCGACCUUCUGCCGCUGUGGAACGCACUGAUGCGGGACAAACUCGCGUCUCUGCUCUCCGCCGCGUGCCCCGAGGAGAUGCCCAAGCCGUCCAGCGUCAGGGUCCACGACGCGUUUGUCGUGCGGUACGAAGCCGGAGCGCAGCACCACCUCCCGAUGCACGCGGACCAAUCCGCCGUGUCGGUGACCUUGGCGCUCAACGACGAGGGAGAAUACGAGGGCGGCGGGACUACGUUCGCGGUGCCCGUGGGUAAGACGGUGCGACCCGGGCGCGGGCACGUCGUGGCGUUCAAGGGUGGACUUCAGCACGGCGGAUCACCCGUGACUCGCGGGGUGAGGUAUAUAGUCGCCGCGUUUCUGUUUGCAGAGUGAUGA